AGGUAUCCCACGUUCAUUGAUGCUCUCCGAGAUGUGGACGAUGCCCUUUCUAUGUGUUUUCUGUUCUCUACAUUCGCUCGUACUGGAAAAUGCCACGUCCAGACAAUUCAGCUGUGUCGGAGACUCAGUGUUGAGUGGAUGAACUACAUCAUCUCCUCACGCUCCCUAAGAAAGGUUUUUCUUUCCAUUAAGGGUAUUUACUAUCAGGCAGAGGUUUUGGGACAGACCAUCACAUGGAUCGUACCAUAUCAGUUUGCCCAUAAUCAUCCUACAGAUGUGGACUACAGAGUUAUGGCCACAUUCACAGAGCUCUACACAACACUGCUCGGCUUCGUUAACUUCCGCCUUUAUCAGACUCUCAACCUUGUCUACCCGCCCAAGCUUGAUGGACAAGGAGAGAUCAGUCUCAAAGCAGAGUUUGAAGAAGAUUACGCCCUGGAAUCUGAAAGCUACACUGAGAAACUGUCAGCAUUGAGUGCCAGUCUGGCUCGUAUGGUGGCGUCAGUGGAGGAGGAGGAGGCAGAGCUGGACCACUUCCCUACUGAAGGGGAGGACCAGGAGAAAAUGGAGGUGAGGGAGAAGAUGGAGCAGCAGCAGAGCAAACAGAAGAAACUCUUCGAAGGCCUCAAGUUUUUCCUAAACAGAGAAGUUCCCAGGGAAUCGUUGGCGUUCGUGAUCAGGUGUUUUGGUGGAGAGGUGUCUUGGGAUAAAUCCCUGUGCAUCGGCAGCACGUAUGAAGCCACAGACGAAACAAUCACGCAUCACAUCGUGGACAGACCCAGCAUGGACAAACAGUAUAUCAACAGAUACUACAUUCAGCCCCAGUGGGUGUAUGACUCUGUCAAUGCUAAGAUACAGUUACCUGUGGAGGAGUAUUUUCUGGGAGUCACACUGCCGCCUCAUCUGUCACCGUUUGUGGAGGAGACUGAAGGAGAUUAUGUGCCGCCAGAGAAACUCAAGCUCAUGGCCCUGCAGAGAGGAGAGAAACCACAAGCAGAAGAAGACGAGGAAGAGGAGGGAGAAGAAGAAGAGGAUGAUGAAGAAGAUGAAGAGGACGAUGAGCAGAGUGAGGAUGAAGAGGAAGCAGAAGAAGAAGCAAAUCUAGCUGAAAUGGAGGAGAAGAGAUCUCAGGGAAAGAGCCUCUCUGUAAAGGUGACUCCUGGUAAAGCCAAAGCUGAGAACCGUGCGAGAGCAGCAGAGGAGGAGAAAGCAGAGGAGAAGAGACUGGCCAUUAUGAUGAUGAAGAAGAAAGAGAAAUAUCUCUAUGACAAGAUCAUGUUCGGCAAGAAGAGAAAAGUCAGAGAGGCUAACAAACUGGCUGCCAAGAGGAAAGCUCACGAUGACGCCAGCAAAGCAGACAAGAAGAAGAAGAAGAAGAAGUGCUGAAGAACUUAUUUUUAUAUGUAAUAAAUGUGCUUUUUCUCACUGUCAAGAGACUUUGAGGAGUGUUUCUUCUCAUUUCAGCUCACUGCAUCAUUUAAAAGGACAGUUCACAAAAAAAAAUCACAUUUCCUCAUUUACUUGAACUACUGGUUCUAACAUUUUAUGAGUUUCAUUCCUCUGUUGAACACAAAAGAAGAUAUUCUGAAGAAUGUUGGAAAAAAGCAGCCAUUGACAUCUAUAGGAACAUACAAUACUGUGGAAGUCAAUGGCUGCUGCUUUGCUAACAUUCUUCACAUUAUCUUCUUUUGUGUUCAACAGAAGGAAGAAACUGAACAGGUGAAAGGUGAGUGAAUGAUGAAAGAAUUUAUUUUUGAGUGACUGUCUGUUUAAUGGAGAUUAUCGAUGAUUCACUGAACUGAAUCGAUUUAGUUUUGCUAAACUGGUUUUCAGUGGAUUUCAUGCUGUAUUUCUUGCCUGUUAUCGUGUCUGUCUUAUCGUUGACACAUUUCUAAUAAGCAAAAGAUGAUUAUUGUUAAUGGG